AUGGCAGCCCAGGAGUUGGGAAGCAGCCUCUGCAGGGAGGGGGACCAGCACCUGGCCCUCGGAGAGCCCCCGCUGGCCACGGCCUUCUACCUGGCCGCCUUCAGCUGCCACGCACCCUCGGCCGUGCACAGCGUGCGGACGGCGCUCGCCGAGGCCCGGGGUGCUCCGGUCGUGGCCACCCUGGAGGCCUGGUGCCGCGGGGACAGCCGGAUCCCCACCAUCCACUGGGACGGCAUGGCAGUGGUCUCACUCACAGGGACGCUGGCCUCCGCCUUCCUCAGCGCCCUCUGCCCGGGCCACCCGGCCGCCGUGCUGCACGCGCUGGCUGGCCUGCUGGCCCGCGGGCGCCAUGAGGAGGUGGCCCAGCGCUGCAGCGAGCUGCUGGACGCCUGCCCCUCUCCUGCACUGGAGCUGCGGCUGAGCCGUGCCCUGGCCUGGGUCCUGUCCGGGGCGCGGGCCGCCGAUGGCCUGGCCGACUACCUCCGGGCUUUCGCUGCAAGCGCCGACCGCACCCUGGCCUUCAUUCAGGCCCACCAGCGGCCCUACCUCCCAGCGCUCAUCCGCGCCCUCCAGGACCACAUCACAGAGUUGUCGGGGACCGAGGACCACGGCGGCCAGCAGGACACGGACUGCCAGCAGCUCCUGGAGGCGCUGGACCCCAGGGGCUCAUCCAGCGCGGCCCUGUCCCCAGAAGCAUUGCUACGGAGAGGCCGCUAUGCAGACUGCCUGGCCAUGUGCAGCCGGGCCCUGCGGUCGGCACCUGUGGGCAGCAGCCAGGGUGAGCGCCUGGCAGCCCUGCUGGUCACCCGCGCCGCCGCAGCCUUCUUCCUGGACGGCCAGGCGCAGGACACGCUGCGGGAUCUGCAGGAGGCCUUCCGCGAGAACCCCGCGGCCGCACGCCGGCAGUUCCAGGCCGUGCUGUCCGCCCGGGACCAGGAGCGCCUCAGGGCUCAGGCACGAGAGGCCGCAGACCUGGCCUUCGCCCGCUUCCAGGAAGCCGUGCGAAAGCGCGCCGAGCUCCGCCAAGACGCGGAUCGCGAGCUGCUGGCUCCGGCCACCUGCGCGCUCCGAAUCCUGCUUCGCGUGGCGCCGGCAGCGGAGCGACCUGCGCUGGGCGCCCGACUGGCCGAGAGCCUGCUGCUGGCAGGGGACGUGACCGCAGCCCAGGCUCUGUGCGAGCGCCUGCUGCGGCCAGCCGGCCCUGGACAGCGCGCCGCCGGGGAGCGCGCGCCGCUGCUGGCACUGCGCGGCUUCUGCGCGCUGCACGCCGGCGACGCGCCGGGCGCCCGGGAGGACUUCCAGGCGGUGGUGGAGCAGGGGGCACCCCACCCGGGCGGCUGCGUGCGCGCCCUGUGCGGCCGUGGACUGCUGCGGGUGCUGGCGGGCAGCGCCUUCCUGGGCGCGCUGGACUAUGUCACCGCGUGCCGGCUGCGGCCCGACGAGGCGCUGCUGGCCGCCAAGGCCUUGGUGCCCUGGAAUCAGCGGGGACUGCUGCGGACCGUGCUGCAAGAGGAAGGCCGCGGGAUGCUGCAGCGCAGGUCGGGCUGCCCCGGCCAGGCCGCGGGGAUGGACGGCAGCGCGGAGCAGGAGGGGGACGCCCGUGGCGUGUACCUGCUGGCCUCACUGCUGCUACAGCUGGACGCAGAGGAUGAGGCCGCCCACCUGCUGGCGGCUGACGCCCUGUACCGCCUGGGCCGCCUGCAGGAGGCUCACCAGGCCCUACGGCUGGCACUGACACGGAGGCCCCAGGCGGCCCCGGUGCUGGCACGGCUGGCACUGCUGCAGUUGCGCAGGGGCUGCCUCUGCGAUGCCUCCCAGCUGGUGAAGAAGCUGGUCCAGGCCGGGGACACAGCCUGCCUGCAGCCCACCCUGGACGUCUUCAGUGCCGAGGACCGGCAGCUGCUUCAGGACCACUGCCACACACAUGCCCUGGCCAUCCUGCGGGCCGGGCCGGGCGCGACUGACAGCAGGGCCCACACCCGGGAGGCCAUCGCCUACCUCUCUCUAGCCAUCUUCGCAGCAGGUAGCAAGGCCAGCGAGUCCCUCCUCGCCCGAGCCCGCUGCUAUGGCAUCCUGGGCCAGAAGAAGACGUCCAUGUUGGACUUCAACGCCGUGCUGCGAGCCGAGCCGGAGAACGUGCCGGCUCUAUGUGGGCGGGCACUUGUGCACCUGGCCCUGGGCCAGCAGCAGAAAGCCGUGGACGACAUCGUGUUGGCCCUGGGGCUGGACGCGCCCUCCGUGGUGCCCGAGCUGCGCUCUCUGAAGAGAGAAGCCCAGGCCCUGCUGGCACGGGGCCUCCACUCCCACUGCCGAGCCCUCCUGAGCCGGCCUCUGCAGCGCAAGGACACGCAGGCCCUCCUGGCCGUCGGAGAGGCGCUGACCCAGAUGGACGGGGUGCAGCCCAGUGGCCACCUGCUACUGGCCGACACACUCAUGAUGCUGGGCAGCUACGAGGCCGCGGACGCCCGCCUGCAGGAGGCCCUGCAUCUGGCACGCCCGUCGGAGGCGAUCCGGGCCCGGCAGGGCCUGCUCCGGCUCAAGAAGGGAGACGUGCAGGCCGCUGCGCAGGACCUGCAGGGCCUGGCCGAGCCGGACGCGGGGGACCUGGGCUUCCUGCUGCGGCUGCUGGAGACACCGGAGCGGCAGAGCCUGGCCCAGGCUGCUGCCCACGAGGCCAGUGCUCUCCUGGACACGGGACAAAUCAGGCCAGCGCUGGGCUACUGCUCGCUGGCCGUCCUGGCGGGGGGCAGCAAGGCCUGGCACCUGCGUCUGAGGGCCACCUGCCUGGCCCGCCUGGGGGAGUUUGGCCGGGCCCUAAGAGACAUGGAUUCCCUGCUCCAGGACGGGGCAGGAGACAGCAACCUCCCCCAGCGGGCCAAGGACCUGUGCUCCCGGGGGUGCCUGCUGCUGAGCCUGGGGGACGAGGCCGGGGCCACGGGCACCUUCACCCAGGCCCUCCAGCUGGCACCCGCCCCAGCCCAGAGCAGCCUGUGGGAGUGGCCCGGACAGACCCCCACAGCCCACCUGUUCUUGCGGCACGGGCAGCACUGCCUGGAGCAGCAGCGUCCAGCAGAGGCCUGGGCCGCAGCCGAGAGCGGCCUCCUGGUGGACCCCCACCACAAUGGCCUGAAGCGGCUGAAGGCCAGGGCCCGGAGAGAGGCGGCCUCGGGCUGCAGCCUGCACUGA